AAGGCGAACUGCUCCGUCACUGCCUGUUGCGCUCCUGCACUGCGUAGCUUCAUGCAAAUGUGAUUUGAGAGUGCCAGAACGCGCCCCGCAGCUUCUCGUUAAGCAACGUGCGGUCAGCUAGCUCUUCACUGCCCAUGUAAACAAUAUCCUGCAGAAACACUCCGCCCUCUUUUAAGGCAGGAACUGCCUUUUGCGUCUUAUACUGCUUCGUUGUUUAGUCGGUGUUGGUGUUCCAGAGUGCGUGGCUUCUCUCGGAUUUAAAACAUGAGCUGCUGACGUAGGCCUCCCCCUCCCCCCUGCACGCAUGAUAUCGAGGGAACUGUGGGACUGGUAGGAUUUAAGGAAGCAACUGAGUUCCAGUCCUUUUCAGUAAUUGUUGGGAAACUGAGUAAAAGCCCGCAUAAGUAAAGUGUCAUUUUAGGUCUUCAUGAAGUUGAAGUGAAUUGAGAAAAACUUGCUCUAUCUAGGGUACUGUAUGUCAUCUGCUUUAAUUAAAAGGAGCAGCUUAUAUACACUUGAGUAUGAAAAGAUUUAUGAAAUACUAAUUUAUGUGAAAUCGAAUUAUAUUACUAGGCAAGUCUUUCUUUUCUGACCUGUAGUGCAGUGUUUUUAUUUAGAUCUUUUAAAGGGUACUGCCUUUAGCUGGACUCCAUCCAUGCAUGCACUGGUUGAAGCACUGUUUAAGUAUCCUUGCCUACUUGGACACUACAUUUUUACCCCCUAUCUACAUAUGGAAGAGCAGUUGAACAGAUUUGCUGGUUUUGGUAUUGGCCUUGCAAGCCUAUUUACAGAAAAUGUGUUGGCACAUCCUUGCAUUGUUCUACGUCGUCAGUGUCAGGUUAACUAUCACGCACGGAAUUACCAUAUCACACCAUUUACUAUUGUCAAUAUCAUGUACUGCAUCAAUAAGACACAGGGUCCAAGGGCUCUCUGGAAAGGAAUGGGCAGCACUUUCAUUGUUCAGGGCAUAACCCUGGGAACAGAAGGCAUCAUCAGUGAAUAUACACCUUUGCCAAGGGAGCUUUCACAUAAAUGGAACCUCAAGCAGAUAGGUGGACACCUUUUACUCAAAGCGUUAACACAUGUAAUAGCAAUGCCUUUUUAUUCUGCAAGCCUGAUUGAAACUGUACAGAGUGAAAUAAUUCGAGACAAUCCUGGCAUCCUGGACUGCGUGAAAGAGGGAAUUGGCAGAGUUUUAGGCUUGGGAGUACCCCAUAGCAAGCGUCUCCUUCCUCUGAUGGUCUUGACUUUCCCCACUGCUCUACAUGGAGUUCUUCACUACGUCAUCAGUUCCAUCGUCCAGAAGCUUGUCUUGUUUGUUUUGAAAAGGGAUAAUUCCCACAACCUUCCAACUGAGAGCUCCUCUUCUGUGCAGAGCAUGCUGGAUGCAUAUUUUCCAGAACUUAUUGCUAGCUUUGCUGCUAGCCUUUGUGCUGAUGUCAUGCUUUACCCACUGGAAACAGUUUUGCACCGCCUUCAUAUUCAAGGGACACGCACAAUAAUUGACAAUACAGACCUUGGCUAUGAAGUGCUUCCAAUCAAUACUCAGUAUGAGGGAAUGAAAGACUGCAUAAAUACUAUAAAACGGGAAGAAGGAAUGCAAGGUUUCUAUAAAGGAUUUGGAGCUGUUAUAGUACAGUAUACCUUGCAUAUGGCAGUUUUACAGCUUACCAAAAUUAUUUACUCAACACUGCUUCAAAAUGUUUCUUAAUCUGUCCAGGUCUGGAUCUAGCACAUUGGACAUGAUUCACUUGCUAACCCAGUUAUUGUUUAAAUGGCUUAGAAAAUGAACUUCGAGGAAUCCACUCUGUGGAUUCUCCUUACACUGUAGAACAACUUGUUUUAAAAAUGGGGAUAUAGUUGCCGAAGUGUAAUUAAAAAAGGACUGUUUAAAAAUUAAAGACACAAAUUGAAUAUGUCAUAUGCAGUCAUAUAAAGGGGAUCAGAUUUCAAAUGUGAUUGCAUUGAGGAUUUCCUUUUCCUCUUACCAGUUCACUGACAUAAGGAAUGGAUAUGAAUUGUUAGUAUCUGCUUUAUGAGCAUCACAUCUGAUGUUUAAUAUGGACUGCUAGCCAGUUGAAAGGAAUUUCUUUUCUUAAGUUGUAAGAACUUGCAAGUAGGGGACUGAUGGCUUUACUGGUCUUUUGAAAAUGUUUCCAACUUCACUGUUAAUGGAACUGUGAGUAAAAUAGAAACUGUAAAAGUGACUUAAGUAGACUUAAAUGUUAUUAUUUACAGGUACAUAGAAGACUUAUUUUGCUGCAGUGUGGCAGAAGACAAAGGGGAAACUCUUACUUUGUAUAAAAACAAUGAAAAAUGGGUUUGAGGAAAAGUUGCACAGAAUGCAAAUUUGGCUGUCUUGCAGUUUGUUUGCAAGGCUUACAAUAACUAAGUGUGAAUUAAGCAAAAUAGAAACUGAUGUGUGCAUGUGUAAGUGCCAUUUUUAGUUGACUUCCCAUGGAUAACUUCAGGGUUUAGUUUUACUCUACUGCUCCAUAUGAGAGUAUAAUAAUCAUACAAAUCUGUGUAGUAGUAGUAGUAUUGGUGUUCAAAGUGUACAGAAAGCCUAUGAAAACAAUUGGCUUUUCCUAGAGUUUCUCUUUUGUUAGAUUGGAGUGGUAUGUAUAAAAUUGUCUCCUUAACUAGCACUGAUGUCUGUCAUUUAAAGUCUCUGCUAGUUUAAAUAUUUUGUGGAACAGAGCUAACAGUUUAUGUGCAAGGGAACCACUGAAGUACAUAAUUUUUGCCCUCUCCCCCUUCAGACUCAGCCUGAGAAUGAUUUUUAAUUAUUCUAGGUGAUGUAGUCCUUCUUGGUUUCAUCAAUAAAUAUGGGGUGGGGUGGGGGGGGGCAGGGAGAGAUGAAACAAGCAUGUGGAAAGUCACUUCUAAAUUAUGAGAGGCUGCUGCUUUUUUUCACAUUCAUGUGGCAAGUAUGUUUUUGUGAAUGCUGUAAAUUGAUCUUCAUUUUAAUCAUUAAUGAUUGUGUAGUUAUCACUUAUGGAAAGCAGUCAUGCUUUCCAUAAAAUAGUGGAAAGAUGUUGCUCUUUGUAAGUUCUGACUUCAGAUCAGGUCUACUUUAUUAUUAAUCUAACUUUCAUGUAUUUUAAAUGCCUAAGUGUUGAAAUGGAAAGUCUAGUGAACUUGGGAACUGGUUUAUUUUGAAAUAUUGUUGAUUGCAAAUUUAGUGUAUAGUGUACGAAAUAAAAUGAGAAUUCACUGUAAGUAUUAUAAAGUAAUUCACCAAAGAGGCA